AGAAUGGACAGACGGAGUAACACCACGGCUGAAAUUGAUUCAUGAUAAGUUAUUGAUAAUUGCAGAAAAGGGGGAGAUCAUAUAUUCCUAAGUCCUAACACCGGUCAAAUGCUACUUAUUAGGGAAGGGCUCAAACUCACGAAGUUGUUCAAUUAUCCACGUCAUCGACAGCUGAGCAAUGAUUCAUUCGAACAUCCUGGAAUUUGGGCGUUCAACAUUCCACGUCACCUCUGGAACCUUCGAUCUUCUCGUCUCGUUUCAUGUCCCAACUCCAUUACCUGCAAAGUUGGAGAGAGAAAUCCAAGAGAAAUGACAAUCACAACCAUGUCAACCACCAGCAUUAGCCAAGAUGGGUGUUUGUUGGUCAACGGCAAGGUUGUUUUCACCCAAGUUCCCCUAAAUGUUGUCGUUUCUCCGGCGCCGUUUGGCUCCGCUUUUAUCGGUGCCACCUCACCCACUUCCAGCUCCCGCCAUGUCUUCUCCCUUGGCGUCCUUGAGGGAUACAAUUUUCUAUCACUUUUUAGAUUUAAGAUAUGGUGGAUGAUACCUAGAGUUGGGAAUUCUGGAAGUGAAGUACAAGUUGAAACACAAAUGUUGCUGUUGGAAGCUAAAAAAGAAUUUGGACUCCUAGAUGAGGUUACUGAGCCAACUACUGAUGGUACCUUCUACAUUUUGGUGUUGCCUGUUUUGGAGGGAGCUUUUCGAGCAAGCUUGCAGGGGACUGCAACAAAUGAGCUACAAUUUUGUGUUGAAAGUGGAGAUCCUGAUGUUCAGACCACCCAUGUGUCAGAAUCAGUGUUUAUAAACUCGGGGGAGAACCCGUAUGAGCUAAUGAAGAAUUCGAUCAAGAUACUGGCUGAACAUAAAGGGACAUUCAGUCACAUAGAAAAUAAGAAGAUGCCUGCACAUUUAGACUGGUUUGGAUGGUGCACCUGGGAUGCUUUCUAUCAAGAUGUCAAUCCAGAAGGAAUCAGAGCCGGUCUUGAAAGUUUUGCACAAGGAGGUUGUGUGCCGAGGUUCUUGAUUAUUGAUGAUGGAUGGCAGGACACUUAUAAUGAAUUCCGGAAAGAAGGUGAAGAGCACAUUGAAGGGACACAAUUUGCUAUACGAUUAAGGAGUAUUAAGGAAAACGAGAAAUUUCAAAGUCUUAGCUCAGAUGACUAUACCACCCUGCCCGAGUUCAUCAAAUUUAUCAAAGAGAAAUAUGGUUUGAAAUAUGUUUACAUGUGGCAUGCUCUUGUUGGAUACUGGGGAGGGCUCCUUCCAUCAUCUGAAUCACUGAAGAAAUACAAUCCUAAGGUUGUAUAUCCUGUUCAGUCACCAGGUAAUGUAGGAAAUCUUAGAGAUGUUGCAAUGGACAGCAUUGAGAGAUAUGGAAUUGGAGCUAUUGAUCCAGAUAAAAUAAAUGAUUUCUACAACGACUACCAUAGUUAUCUUGCCAGCAUUGAUGUGGAUGGUGUCAAAGUGGAUAUUCAGAAUGUAGUUGAAACAAUUGGUUCUGGUUAUGGUGGUCGAGUUCAUUUGACUGGACUUCACCAGAAAGCACUCGAGGAGUCUGUUGCAAAAAACUUCAAGAACAAUAAUCUCAUUUCUUGCAUGAGUCACAAUUCGGAUUCCAUAUUCAGUUCAAAGAAGAGUGCAGUUGCUAGAGCAUCAGAGGAUUUCAUGCCUCACGAGCCUACACUUCAGACACUGCAUAUUGCAUCUGUAUCUUUUAACAGUCUCCUUCUAGGAGAAAUAGUGGUUCCUGAUUGGGACAUGUUCCAUAGCAAACAUGAUACUGCAGACUUUCAUGCUGCUUCCCGAGCAAUAGGUGGCUGUGCAGUAUAUGUUAGUGAUAAGCCAGGAAAUCAUGAUUUCAAAGUUCUUAACAAGCUUGUGUUACCUGAUGGUUCAAUCCUGAGAGCCAGAUAUGCUGGUCGGCCUACUCGAGACUGCUUAUUCAAAGAUCCUGUAAUGGAUGGAAAAAGUUUAAUGAAGAUCUGGAACUUGAACAAGUUAUCUGGCAUUAUCGGUGUGUUUAACUGCCAAGGAGCAGGGAAUUGGCCAUUGAAAGACAGUUCUGUUGAUACUAUAGUUCCUGAAGUUAUUUCAGGCCAAGUCAGUCCCAAUGAUGUCGAAUUCCUUGAAGAGGUUGCCGGUGAUAAUUGGCAUGGACAUUGUGCAGUUUAUGCUUUCAAUUCUGGAACCCUUACCAAAGUUCCGAAUAAUGGAAAAAUGGAAGUAUCCUUGGGUAUUCUUACAUGUGAAUUGUAUACAAUCUGUCCUAUAAUGGUAUGUGAUGAAGCUGUUGAAUUUGCUCCUAUCGGAUUACUUGACAUGUAUAAUUCUGGCGGAGCUGUGGAUGCUCUGAGUUCAGCUAUAGGCCCAGAUGGAUGCAUUGCUAAAAUCAAAGUGCAUGGUUGUGGCCGAUUUGGAGCGUAUUCGAGCACAAAACCAAGGUAUUGUACCGUUGACAAUACGAAGAAAGAAGAAUUUACAUACAGUCAAGAAGAUGGAUUACUGACUAUGAUGCUAGAAGGGGGAUGCCAACUUAAAAAUAUUGAAUUUGUGUAUUGAAAAUGAGGGAAAUUUUUCCAUUUGUUUGGACAUUCCAGGUUAUUAAACUUGUGUGUGGUGGUGUAUAAUGUAAUGUCUGGAUUUCAAUUUGCUUAAUUUGUUUACUGAAAUCUGAAUGCUUGUGUUUUUGCUCUUUCAAUAACACAUUAAUUUUUUA